AUGUAUUAACAAAAGUCUUGGCUUUUAGCAUCUCUCAGGCCUCAGAUCGAAGAAAUUAGUAAGAUCGAUGGUCAAGAGAGCUGUUCUUGUGGGUUGCACCUACAACGAGACCCGAUUCAGUUUGUAUGGUUGCAUAAAUGAUGUGAGCAAUAUGAACACUUUGAUUGUCCAACGUCUUGGCUUUCUUCAAGAAAAUGUUAAGGUCCUGACCGAUCCACUGUUACCGGAGGCGACUAUUCCGACGGGUGAAAACAUCAGGGAUGCACUUUCUGAGAUGGUAAAAAGUGCUGGAGCAGGAGAUGUGCUGUUGUUCUAUUUCAGUGGACAUGGAACUGCAAUUCCAGUAUAUGUACCAGGUCAACCUUACAGGGAGGAGAAAGCAAUCGUGUCUUGUGAUUUGGAUCUCAUCACCCGGAUGGAGUUGAAGGAAUUAGUUGACCAACUACCAGGAGGCUCGACCUUGACAAUUGUUGCCGAUUCCAGUUACGGUGGCGGUCUCGCCACCGAAGAGAAAAAACAUACCGAUAGCAACAUACUGAUACCAUUUCCGACAUCACAUGCGAAAUUGAUCAGGAAGAGCAUUGAUUUUAACAUCAUUCGUCAGAUCAGAAGUGUAGCGUCAUAUCCGAUUAAUGAUCAAGCAACAGAAUCGAGCUCGAGCAGCUCACCAGAUGAUGGAAUCUUGCUAAGUGGGUGUGAUGCGAACGAGACAUCAUUCGAUGUGGUACUCGGAGGAGGAGGAGGAAGACCGUAUGGGGCAUUUACCAAUGCAUUGCUAAAAGUGCUCACGAGGAACCGCGGGGAAUCGCUGGAAAAUUCAAGACUUGUGUAUGGCACACGAAAGAAAUUGAUGGAGGAUGGAAUUGGAGUUGAUCAGAACCCUUGCCUUUACUGCAGUCACGGCAAUGCAAAUAAACAUUUCUUGGGUGGCUUUGUUUAUAAAAUUGAAUAAUCAUGUUCAUUCACGAUGGACAGACGGAAUUUUUGGAGCUAUCGUUAUUUAAAAAUUUUAAAUUCUUAUAUAAUUUAGAUAUUUAUAUGAAUCACGAU